AUGGCUCACGAAGGCUCGAGGCAGGAGAGACAGAUUCGGGACCGUGGGGUGACCCGAUCCAAGGCAGAAAAGACGCGGCCUCCUACGGUGCAGGCGCCACAGGUGGACAUCGUGCCUGGGCGGCUCACGGAGGCUGAAUGGAUGGCACUCAUGGCUCUAGAGGAGGGAGAGGAUGUUGUGGGGGACAUCUUGGCUGAUCUGCUGGCGCGAGUCAUGGACUCUGCCUUCAAAGUCUACUUGACCCAGCAGUGCAUUCCAUUCACCAUUAGCCAGGCCCGGGAGGCCAUGCUGCAGAUCACUGAGUGGCGCUUCCUGGCCAGGGAUGAGGGAGAAUCAGCAGUGGCUGAGGACCCCACGUGGUGCGAGGAUGAGGAACCAUUGGCAUGCACAACAGAUACCUGGGCUCAGGGAUCAGUGCCUGUGCUGCAUGCCCCCGCCUCCAUAGGCCCAGAGGAGACCUUCCAAGACGAGCCCCACCGAGCCUCUCUGGACUCCUCUACCCUUAGUUCCUGUCUCCUCUUUCCAAGGUCUCACUAUGCACCCUCUACCCCCACUCCCAAUGCAUUUCCCUAGGACCAAGGGAGCGAGGAUCGGAUGUCUCUAGGAACAUGGUGGAUGGGGAGAGGCUCUCAGGAGCAGAUGGAAUCUUGGGAACAUUCUCCAGAGCUGCCAGUCACUCAGGGCCCGCCACCUACCCCAGAGCUGUUUCAGGACACAGGGUCCCAGGGUCCUUUAGAGGACUUGGACGUCCAGGCCAAAGACCACCAGGCCACAGUGGGGUCCUUGAAUGCGAGCCGCCAACCGUCGGUGGAGAUGGCUCCCAAUGGCAGUGUCCACCCUUCUAUGGAGCUGUCCCAGGUAGUCAGCACCCAGGCCUUGACCCAGGAGGCACAGCCCAGGGGCUCCCAGUUCUCGCUGGAGGACCUCUAUUGUUGCACGUCCCAGCCGCACGUAUCUGGGGACUGGCUGAAGCUCAAGGAGGAGGACGUUCCUCUCAUCGAGGAGGAUGUGCCCCUCAUCGACUCGGGCGUGUUGGGGAUCGGCCUCUCUGCAGGCGGCCCCACCACGCUCGUCCCCUCGGCCUCAUUAGAGCCACAGCAGCCUAGGUUGGAGGACCCGCUGCGGAGCCGGCCUCGCUAUAGGAUGGGUCGCAAGACUGGGGCACGUCUGGACCCCAGGCGCCUGCCGCGCCACUGGGUGCGCCCUCUGGCCGAGGUUCUGGUUCCGGACGCCGAGGCACGCCCCCUGGAAGCCUACCGCGGGCGCCAGAGGGUCAGGGAGACCAAGACUCCUGAGGCUCCCGCCAGAUCCCUAGCGCCCAGACCUGGUGCCCAUGCCCCCCCGACAGUUUUCUUCUCUCUCCCGCCUAGCGUUCAUUUCCCUGCCUUGGGCCUGGGCCCUGGCCUCCAAUCCCCAACUUUAAGCCUAGGCCUACCAUCACCAGGCUUUGGGUCAAAGUUGCCCUUUCCCAAACCUGGGCUUGGCUUUCUUGCCACUCAUCUGGCUUUCCCUGAUCUGGCCCGGAGCCCCAGCCCCAAACUGUGGCCUGGUGCCAAGUGGCCCAGUGGCUGGGAGGGGGAGGCUGAGUUGCUGGGUGAGAUAUGGGCUGGCCGCAGCCGUGUAAAUCCACAGGGCCUGGAUCCCGGCGACCGGGAGGGUCAGGAUCCUCGCAGGGGGCCAUAUAGGGCACCCCGAGUCCUUGAGGCCACGUCCCAGGUGAUGUGGAAGCCCAUGUUGCUGCCUGACGCAAUGAAGCUGGCUCCUGGUGUGAGCAUGUGGAACCCAACCACCCAGGUGCUACUCAGGGCUGCAGUACCCCAGCAGGAGGACAGGGAAAGUGGCACCUCUCUUCCCAUUGAGCAGCAGCCCAUCCAAACAGGUGCCCCAAAUCCUCAGGUGUCUGUGAGACAAAUAAUGAAGAACCCAAAGCCCAAAGUGUGGUCACUCCUCCCCGAGCACCUACCCUAUUCUGGGCCCUGAAGCUCAGGUGGUGCGUUCCUUCUUUCUGCUUGCCCAAUAAACACCUGAGUUG